ACCCUCUUUUUUCUCUCCUCCUUCCCUUCCCGCUGCAGAAAACACUAACGGGAGGAGAGAGAAAGUAGUAAAAGAAGCCUUUAGGGUUUUAUAUGCAUUUUAUUUGCUGGCGUAAUAGUUAAUGGUGUGUGUUCGAUAGAGUUUGGAUUCCAUCUGUAGUGGCAGCUGUGGCAACGGAAACUGAAUAACCAGUCUCUGCUCAAGUUGUGUGUACUUAUCGACCUUGUUUGAGAGGUAGGUAAUGCUUUUGUUCAACAAUACUAUCACAUUCUGCACCAAUCGCCGGAGCUUGUUCAUCGGUUUUAUCACUGAUAUGAGCUAUCAAGGAGAAGAUACUGUCACUUAACUGUGGUGAAUACAGGACAGAGAUUAAAUCUGUGGAUGCACAAGAAUCUUAUAAUGGGGGAUUCCAUGUCCUUGUAACUGGGUAUUUAGCAGCGAAGGAUAACAUGAUUCAGAAAUUCACUCAAACCUUCUUCCUUGCUCCACAAGAGAGAGGCUACUUUGUUUUGAAUGACAUGUUUCAUUACAUGGAGGACAUCAAACAUCACAAUGGAAACCAGAGUUCUGCUAAUGAUGUGGAGGCUCCUCUCACUCCAGAGAAAGGAAAUAUAUAAGAUCCAAUACCCAUGCUGAGCAUAGUUCCCCUUUGUUGUUGAUGGUGAAGACCUUUUUUUCUUUGGUUGGCAGAUCCUUCUCCUGUGCGGGAGAGAUGUUUUUGAGCAAACAAUGGUUUCCAUAGAGUUCAAUGGGAAAGAAGCACUCGGUCCCUCUGACGAUGGAGAAGUGUCAAUUGUGGAAGAGGAGGUGCCGGUGGCUGACAUUGUUGAUGAAGUAUCAGAUGAUUUACAGAUGGUGGUUGAAUCCAACUCCCAAAUUGACGAAAUGCCAAAUAAGUCUUAUGCUUCUAUUGUGAUGGACAUGAAGGAGAGUGCUGUGCCAUUGUCAUCUCCUGCAUCACCUGCUCCUCGGAGAUCUGUAGCAAAGAGCCAAGAGCAACAAGUGAACCUUGCUCAUGCAUCAGCCUCAGCCUCAGCCUCAGCAGCUGAGCCACCAGUUUCUGGUUCAGAUGCCAUAGAGAAUGGGAAUAACCAAGAGGGUGAAGCUGAUGGUUGUUCGAUUUACAUAAAGGGUCUUCUUUUGAACGCCACACAUGCCCUACUUGAGAAUGAGUUCAAGCGGUUUGGACCAAUAAAGACUGUCGGUGUUCAAGUUAAGAGUAACGAACAGGGAUUUUGUUUUGGCUUUGUGGAAUUUGAGGUGGCAAGUGCUGUGCAAACAGCAAUUGAGGCUUCACCUCUUACAAUUAAUAUACUCCAAGUGGUUGUGGAGGAAAAGAGGUCUACUAAUUCUAGAGGCAAGUUGGGUUUUAUAAUGCUAGUUCAAUCUUCUAAGAAAGGGAAUUAACCUCGAAUUUUGUGGCUUAUGUUUUGUUCAAAAAAUGGAACUAGAGAACAGGGAAAUAUAUAUCCAUAACAUGGGUAGAAAGAACAUGUUUACGAUGCAACCUGUCCUCGUAUGAAACAGGAAUACACUCCCUAUUUUGUAUGAAUUUUAUUUAUGAAUAUAAUUUUUUUAUUUUUUUUAUGAUGGCUUCUAAGGUUUAAUCUGUGCAUCUGACUUUCUUCUCUGUAACUACAGCUGUUCUUUCUCUGCAGUGAACAGGGUGUGGUUUUCAGCAGAAGGGGAUAUGGAUUCAGGAAUGAGGGCAACCGAGGAUGUGGAAACUAUUGAAGCAGCAGAGGCUAUUCUCGUGGUGAUUUCAAUGGGAGGACUGAGUUUGGUAAUAGGGGUGGUAACAAUAGAGGAGGAUUUUCAAACCAUGGAGCUGAUGGCGGAUAUUAACAUGGGAAGCGAUGAUUGUGGGCGCACAAACCGUGGUGGUGGGAUUGCUGUCAAUGAAACAGCCAAAACUGUGGCACCCUGGUUAUCUGUUACCUGCUUAAUAAACCAUAGCUUAGAGAUUGAUCACUGAGAGAUUGAAAUAGAUUUUGUUUUUAAAAAAUCUAGCAACUUAGUGGUUGGACAGAUCCUUCAUUCUUUUGAAGAGGAUGAGAUGUCGGGAAUUUUCCAGUUAAUAUCCUAACUUUUACUCUCUUCUUGUUUCUUUUUCUUUCUUCUGGGGUGGGUAGGUUCAAUUCAAUGGUAGAUGAAUACAAAUAUUUUUGACUUUUUUUUGGGUGUAUUUUUUUAUUUUUAUUUUAAUGAUUAAAGAUGUAUUUGCAUACUACCAACUUUUGUUGGGUACUUGAUUGAAAUGAUUGUGCAGAGCUAUAGU